AUGGCGGCACGGUGCAGCGUCGGGCCCGGCCGUUCGGGCGCGGCCGGUUACCACUGUUCGCUCUGUGAUGUUCGAGUUCCCAACAGCCCCACCUUAAAUGAACACAUUAAAGGAAAGAAACAUCAAAAGCUUUUGAGUGUGAGGAAUACCAGGAAGUUGCAACAAGAAAAGAGUGUGUUUGUGAGUGGUUUCCAAAAGGGCACAUCCAAUUUGGAGAUCACAGAUUACUUUCAGAGUUUUGGCACGGUUGCAAGCGUGAUAAUGGACAAAGACAAAGGAUUAUAUGCAAUUGUUGAGAUGGAAAGUAAUAAAGAAGUGGAGAAUGUGCUGUCUAUCCCACAGCACUCCAUGAAUGGUCAGAAACUCCGAGUGAAACACAGAGAGUAUAAGGAAUUCAAAUAUAUUCCAAAGAAAAAGCAGGAUCCUGGGAAAAAGCAGUUCAUAGAUUUUGAAGAAUUGUCUUUGGCUCUCUGUCAAGCAGUUGAUGUUGAUGAACAAUUGAAGAAGUUGAUGGAGUUGUUUGAGCUUACAGACAAUGAAAGAAUGCUUAGGAAGCUGACUGUGUCGCUGAUACAGGAGGUCUUUUUAGAAUUCUUCCCAGGUUGUAAAAUCUUGCCCUUUGGGUCAUCAGUGAAUGCUUUUGAUAUCCACGGCUGUGACAUGGAUCUUUUUCUGGAUCUUGAAAAUACAAAGACUUACCAGGCGAAUGCCUAUGCUCCAGCUGAAACUGAAGGGGUUAAGGAUAUUAAACAGAAUGCUCAGUCUGAAAGCCAAUCUGAGGAUUCGAUCUUGUCGGACAUUGACCUGAAAACUUCAACAACACCUGAAAUACUUGAACUUGUAGCCACUGUGUUACAGAAGUGUGUUCCAGGUGUUCACAAAGUUCAAGCUGUUACCUCUGCCAGGCUACCUGUGGUGAAAUUUAUUCAUAAGGAAUCCGGCUUGCAAGGAGACAUCUCCAUCAAUAAUAGGUUGGCUGUACGUAACACAAUGUUUCUUCAGUUAUGUGCUUCAAUGGAUCCAAGAGUGAGGCCUCUGGUUUAUGCUAUUCGCCACUGGGCAAAACAAAAGCACUUGGCUGGAAAUCCUUUUGGAGGGGGGUCGUUGAUGAAUAAUUAUGCAGUUACUCUCUUAGUUGUGUUCUUCCUUCAGAACAGAACAUCUCCAAUUCUUCCCACUGUGAACCAUUUGAAAGAGCAUGCAGGUGAGGAAGACCACUGUAUAAUUGAUGGCUGGGAUUGCACUUUUCCAAGAGAUUGCUCUAAAAUGGAAGCCAGUAAAAACACUGAAAGUUUAUGUGUACUACUUGCGGAGUUCUAUAAGUUUUAUGCAGAGUUUGACUAUGCUGGAACUGUGAUUUCAUUGAAGGAUGGUAAAGUUCACCUUGUAACUGACUUUAUUGGUCCUGAUUCAGAUAAAAAAUUUAGGCUUGGUCCAAUUAAUAUUCAGGAUCCAUUUGAACUGAGUCAUAAUGUUUCAGGAAACGUCAAUGAAAGGACAGCACAAAGGUUUAAGCGGCAGUUGGAUGAAGCCUGCAAGUAUUGUCGUAGCCUGCAGUACCAGAGGAAAUCUAACAAAGGGAAGGUCUGGGGUAUAGUCAGGUUGUUUCAACCUUUAAGUAGUGCCGACUGUUCCCCUGCACCUUCUCCAGGUGUAGAUCUUAGUCCAGGCAAAGAAAUGAGCUAUGGCGAGAAUAUGUUGAGUAUCCCCCUUCAAGCUGUCGUGCCUUUCCUGAGCAAACAAGGGAAAGACUGCAUGGAUCUCCAGAUUUUAGAGAAGUUUGGUUUGACAAAGUGUGUCAUGCUCUUCUAUACGUGAUGGAGUCCAUCCUUAAAUGCAGCUGUUCGUAUACUGACAAAAAUAAUGUACAGAUCAAUAGUGCAAAGACCCCUAGCUUGGAUGGAGCUAAGAAUAAAGAAGAAGAGAUCAAUUUUGGAUUGAAGAGACCGUAUCCUG